UGCGGGAAGGCGCGCCCGGCGCUUCUUCGCGGGCGAGUCCUCGAGGAAGCGAGGCCCUCCCCGCCCCAGGAAGACGGCCAGGGCGAGGGAGAGCUGGACGCCACCGCCCGCCCGCCCGCAGAAUGGAUGGAUGGACCGGUGAAUGAAUGAAUGAGUCCGUGGCGCGGAGGGGGAUGCAGCCGCGCUUUCAGCUCCCGCGUCUGAGCAGCUGAUACCGGAGAGAUCCUGCUUCUUGCCGGGCGGAGGAUUUACGGGCGGAUCCGGCUUUGUUCUGCGACUUUGCACAGCCUGGCGGCGCCUCGGGGCUGCUUCUCAGGCUGCUGCUGGAGGAUGAUUCAUGGCGACCAGAUCGGCCGCCGCUCGGACCCGGGGCGCAUGCUGACUGCGGACUGUUCGCGCUGAUCCCGUCUGCCGCCGCGCCCCAGUGUGAUCGCCAACUUGGCUUCCUGCAGAGCCGGAUUGCUCCCGAUUUCCCGCGGCGCAUCAGGGAUGGCUAGUAGUGAGCUUGCAUUUUAACUGCAGUCCAGCCCAGCAUCCAGCGGCGAUGGUGUAAAGGCAGCUCGGGGAGAGAGGGCUGAGGCAAAGCAGGCGAGGAGCUUCUUGCCGCUGUUGCCGAGCCAUCCAUCUACACCAUGGGGAAUAUCUCUUCCAACAUCUCCGCCUUUCAGUCGCUGCACAUAGUCAUGCUAGGCUUGGACUCUGCCGGCAAAACCACGGUGCUCUACAGGCUCAAAUUCAAUGAGUUUGUCAACACGGUACCUACCAUUGGUUUCAAUACAGAAAAGAUCAAGUUGAGCAACGGCAUCGCCAAGGGCAUCAGCUGCCACUUCUGGGAUGUAGGCGGCCAGGAGAAACUGCGGCCCCUGUGGAAGUCCUACAGUCGCUGCACGGAUGGCAUCAUUUACGUUGUGGACUCUGUGGACGUGGAUAGGCUGGAAGAAGCCAAGACGGAGCUACACAAAGUCACCAAGUUUGCAGAGAACCAAGGCACUCCCUUGCUGGUGAUUGCCAACAAGCAAGACCUGCCCAAAUCUCUGCCUGUGGCAGAAAUAGAAAAACAGCUGGCUCUGCAUGAGCUGACCCCAUCCACGACAUACCACAUCCAGCCGGCUUGUGCCAUCAUUGGGGAGGGCCUCACCGAGGGCAUGGACAAACUCUAUGAGAUGAUCCUGAAGCGCAGGAAGGCCUUAAAACAGAAGAAGAAACGGUAGACAAAGCACCAAAGGAAACUGGAAUUCCAUUAAACACAUUCAGAGUUCGAUUCACUGCUUGACACAUCAGUUGAGCAUCAGACAGACGCCUGUAUGCAUAACCUUUCCAUGAUGUUCCAGACUUCUUCAGUUUGCUUAUUCUUUCAGUGAUGGGGUGUACUAUUGCGCUGGCUGGCACUUGGGAUGCAGGUCAGAUCUGUGCAUGUCAGCUCUUCCCCGGUCCCUGCCUCCGCCUGCCCCCAGUGAAGGCACCAUGAACCAGUAUAAUAGGGCACAGCCUCAGCUUUGUAACAUUCUAGCGGGACUAGAAGACGGGCAAAUACAACAUGAUUUUUCCAGCUGCUUCUGUCCUAGUGAACUACUGAUUCUCAAGAGGCUUACCAUUAGACUCUUUUCCAUUCUUCUGGAAAGUUUCAUUUUAUAUAUAUCUAUAUCUGUCUCUCUCUCUAUAUAUAUAUAUAUAUGGAGAAACUACACUGGAAGAUGAAAGGUUGAGAUUACAGGGCAGGACCCUGUUUCAUUUGGAUUAAAGUUUGUGCUCCCAUCUCAGGAUUUGGUACAAGGUUAUGUGUGCAUGAAAAACUAAACUUAAGAAAUAUUGCUUGUUGGGUGGGAGGGAGACGCUGUGAUGUGGGGUGUGAACUGAUGCAUAUAAAAAUACUGCUUCAGUGUAUAUUGCUUAACGAUGGCUCUUUGAAGCCAGCCUUUGUGGAAACUGUUCCUGAUUCGUACAACAGACCUCCAAGGCAUUUGAGGCCUGGCACCGUGCAGGGUUCUUGUUAACAAGAUCAACACCAUGUAUGAAAUUGAUGAACGAACAAUGCAGUGCUACUUCCAGGAGUGAUUUGUGUGUUUGGAAGAAAGUGUCCCCUGCCAUUUCAGUAGGGUGUGAGGGUGCACAGAGUGCCCCCCCAGUGGUGCCAGGAGGAGGAGCUGGAUCUUUGUUCUUUUAAUGUACUGCCUCUGCAGGGGGAUUCCAGAAGUGGGGCAGAAAGGAUGGGUCCUUUGGGCCACCCGAGUGUGGCACCCCUGUGUAUUCUUAUCAAAAAAGAACUCUGUGUAUUGAGGCACUUGAAUUGUAACAUCCAAGCUGCUGGCAUCGUUUGUGACCAGCGGCUGCUGCCUGGUGCUACAUUCUAAGCAUUAUGCUAGAAUAAGAUUUUGUUACCUUUUCAUAAUUGGUCUACACACUGUAGCAAUAACCAGGAAAAGAUUUUUUUAAUUAUACCUUCUUAUUAUAACAUUCAUCUGGAGGCAUACUUUGUCUUUUAACACUGAAUUCCAAUUACAUUUCAAUGGAUUACUUUAUCAUUUUGACAGCUUUCAUGAGCCAGAGGCCCAGCUCACUGCAGCGAGGGGGGAAAGCACAGACAGAUUUGGGCUGCUCUGGUACAUUGAAGGAUAGUGAAAGAGGCAGAACCAUCAAAUGGAUCUUUUGAACAAAUGUUCUGUUUGAUGCAGAGUUGCAGCAUCUGAGAAGAAAGAAAAAGGCAGAUGUAGCCCCUCCCCCACAGCCCCUUGAUUUGGUAUUGUUUACAAAGGUCAUAAUCCUGCAACACUAACAGUAGCAACCCUGUAGGUGUCUACAUAGUAGGAAGCCCCGGUCAAUUCAGUAGAUUUAAUCCCUGCGUAAGGAUUGCAGCUAUAGCGUUUUAGCCUGAGACUGUAGCCUGUGCGUUGGAUUUUAUGGGACUUUCUUCUGGGUAGGCACGUAUAGGAAUUCACUGCAAAAGCAGGAGUCUACAUAACUUCUUAGGCGCAGGCUUCCUUGAAUGCAGUGGUAUUGAAUAAACAUGCAUAUAUGUUCAUGUACUUGGAAAGAGUUCUUUUCAACAUGGAUGUAGUUCCGGGUGAAAAUGCGUAGGACCCUACAUAACCAAUACCACUGUUGAGUUCUUUUGAGGAAAGACAGGAUACAGCUGGAAUGAAUGAGGCAAGUAAUCCAUGACAAACCUAAAUCCCACUUUGGUGGGUCCAUUCUAGUCUUGUCUAAGCCAGAAUCCAAUCCUAUCACUAAUUUACAUAUAACAGGAAUAGGAUUGCAAAAAAGAGGAAAUGGUGUUGGGUGGGAGGAGAGGGAUUGUGGACCUUUUCUAGAAUAAAAAGAAAAAGUGUUCACUGACAAGCUCUUAGUAAAUUAAAACUCUGCUGUAAAGAAGGCAUACCUCCCACGUGAAAGAGCUGCAUCUAUGGCACACUGACCUUAGGUCACGCAGCUCCUUUCUACAAGUUGAAUUAUCCACUUCCUGCUCAAAAAUUGUUCAGAAAAUUCUGUUGCCAGGAACAGCAACAGAAACCUAAGUUGACAAAGAGGGAGAAGAGACAUACAGUAAAUGUGAGCAUAUUGAAUCAGCAGUGAUCUUGCCCCCCCCUUUUUUAUAGAAAUCCCUUCCCACUAGAAAUGGUUGCCAGCAUUUAUUCUGGCAGGGUGCCUGAAUCAUCCUACAGUUGCACAUUAGGUAAAGUAUUUAGAAUGCAAAGUCAUUUGCUCCCCCUGCCCCCCCCCCAUUGAUGGAUUUCCACAUAAGAAAAAACUGGAUCGCCUCCUGAAUAAUUUGUCUGUCCUGCAGCUGUUAAAGUCACAGGAGCUCUGCCGCAGGAGUUGGCAUCCCCUGCAACCAAGUGCUACAUGCCUGGAGAAUUAUGUUUACACAAACGGGGACUUGUUCAUUGAUCUACAGAGCGGGCUGGUCCCAUUGUUUUAAAACAUCAUAGAACUGUUUUUAACUAUUAUUUUCUUCAACCCAUGGCUCUCUCAAGCACAUUUGUUACCUCAUAACUGGGAGAGAAAGAGAGAAUAUAUUUAUUUUGACACUAUUAAAGCCAAAUGCUGUAAUUUUUUAAAUACUGUGUAGGACUCUUAGAAAAUACUGCUCUGAUCAUACUCUAUUAUGCCAUAAAACUAAUAUGUAUUUGGAUUAUUUUGUCAUUGACAUAAACUGGUUUCUUGCAAACAUAACAGACAAUUGUUAAAUUGAUUGGUUACCUACUCAGCUCCUACAGUUCAACUUGCACAGGUGCUAAGUGACUGGAGUUUAAGUCUUUACCAACCCCAGCUGAGCAAUACUCAAAUCAUGCCAAUCUCUCCAGUGGACCAACCCAAAGCUUUGGAAUUAUAACAACUCUUUAUCAGGCAGAUUGGAAAUAAGUAAAUGGAGGUUGAAUGCCAGAUCAGUGCCGCUACCAUGCAGAUUGCUUGUUCCAGCCAGUUUUCUUUUGUGUUGAUGAUGAAUUAUGAAGAAACAGUCUUUACUCUGUCCAAAAGCAGUCUGGCCAGCAUCUUCAUCAACUAAUGAUGGAUGACCAAAGGAGAAGGCCUCAAGAAAUAGGAUACCUAAACUGUUGUCAUUGAGGCUUUAUACAUGAUGCUCCUUUGGCUGCAGAUUCUUCCCACUUCCAGGUAUUUUGUUCUCUUCAAAGAAUAUUUGAAGAUGUUUACCAUGUUACAAGAUACCAAGUCACAUUUCAGCUGUUUUCUUCAUGAGGCACCAAUUAAAGUAUUCCAGUAAAACACA